CCUCUGGGAGUCUGCUGGCUCCUUCGCUCACUCGCCGACAUCUGGUCAGGUUUUAACUGUGACCUAAGAGGUGCCUGAGCUCCAACAAAAUGAGACAACUUGUGUUCAUUCUUACUUUGGUCUACAUUGCUGCCGCUCAGCACCAAGCUCUUAUUGACUACUUGGAAAGGAGGCUCCUUGCUAUUGAGGACAGGAUCUCUCUGUGGCAAGAGCAGACCACACGCUAUGCCUCUGAGCUUCGGGAGCUGAAGCUCCAAAUGGUUUCUCAGCUGGAGAGUCUGGAUAAAGAGAAGGAAACUUUGAGGAUAAAUCUGGAUGGAGUGGGGACCAGGGUGGACCGGGUGGAACGUGAACUGGACUACCUGGAAACACAGAACGGGGCUCAGCCGUGCGUGGACGUGGACGACAGGCUGAUAGAGCAGCAGGUCACCCUGGUGAAGGAGAAGCAGAAGGCCAAGUAUCUGAAACUCACAGACUGCAGUGAUAUGAUAUCCAGCAUAAAAGCCAUGAAGAUCCUGAAGCGAGUGGGGGGGCCAAAGGGGAUGUGGACCAAAGACACAAGUGGAGCCUCUGGGAAGGUCUACAUUUUCAACGGGACAGCUGAGGACACCAUCAAUGAGUUUGCCUCUGUUCAGGACCUCGCCCGCUCCAUAGGCUUCUCUUUGUCCACUGACCUGAAGAUUCCCUCUUCCUGGAAGGGGACUGGACAUGUGGUCUACAACAACCAUGUGUAUUAUGUAAAUCAGGAUGAGGAGAUAACUGUGGUCAAAUUUGACACAAUAAAAAAGUCUAUGACAGACAGCGCGGUGUUUCCAAUACAGGAUCAUGUUCCUGUCUAUAGCCUGAACCCUGAGACAGUGAUGGACCUGGCUGUGGAUGAGGAAGGCCUAUGGGCUAUCUAUGCCACAAAGCAGAAUGAGAGACACAUCUCUCUGGCUAAGAUUGAUAGCAACACCCUGGACAUCGAGCAAAUGUGGGACACAAACUGCCCGAGAGAAAAUGCAGAGACGGCCUUCGUCAUCUGUGGCACCCUGUAUGUGGUUUAUAACACCAAGCAGCCCGGACGCUCACGAGUGCAGUGCGUGUUUGACGUGAAUGACCUGGUGACAAAUGAAGAGGCACCUUUAGUUUACUUUCCAAAGCGCUAUGGUUUUCACGCCAGUUUGAAGUAUAAUCCCCAGGAGCAGCUACUCUACGCCUGGGAUGAUGGCUACCAGAUCCUCUACAAGCUUUCCAUGAGGAAAAAACUGGAAAUCUGAAACCAAAGUAAUUCAGCAUAAAAAAAGCCCAUCUGAAGAUCAUGUAUUAUUUUAGAUAUUUCUCUUGUCUCUUCUGAUUUUUAAACUGUCUGAAUUCAAUUUUUAAUCCAAUUAAAUUCUGUCAUUAAUGUAACCUGAA